CCAGGGGGAGGAGCAAGGCCAGCGGGAUAGUUAUUCUACUAUCCACGCCACCAACUUCUACCUUUAGUAACCCGGCGGCGAGCGUACUUUUCGGAUACCCUGUUACCCGUGGCUCCUCUCCCUAGUGACGUGGCUCCGCCCCUGGUGACGUCAAAGGUCCCUUGCCCCACUCAGAUUUAGAACCAACCGUGCUCUCACUGCUCUGCAGACGUCCCCGUGACAUCAUGAGCACAUCCCGGAAGCGGAAGGCCGAGGACUAUAGAAAGCGCUGUCACUGUGUAACCUCAGCCACUGAAAAAUCUAAACGGGUGGAGAAACGCGUUACAUAUUACAGGAGCUUGCUCAUUACUGUCCCAUCACCACCAGCGCUGUUAAAAUCCGUCAGAGCCAGCAGCAGCGGGUAAGAGGGACUUGCCAUUCAUGUGGAACCCAGGGCUGAUCAGUGUUUAAAAGGACUGCAGUACCAGAAAUCACAGUGUGCGAAAGAGCUGCAAUUACCCAUAAUCAUUUAUGGAAAAGGUUGAUUUUUGUUUCAACAUUUUUUUUUAUCAGCAAUGGGCAUCAAAGGACUACAGGGUUUUGUGCAGAAUCAGUGUCUCAAUGUUUGCAGCACAGUCAACUUACGUACUUUAGCUAAAAGGCACAUGUCUUCUUAUCCGGAUUGUGCUCCUACUGUUGUCGUUGAUGCAAUGUGCUGUCUACGCACCUGGUACACACCAAAUGGUUGGGUUCAUGGAGGCCAGUGGAAGGAAUAUCUUGACAGUUUACAUAACUUCAUUACCGCCUUUAAGAAUGCUGGUAUUCGACUUGUAUUUGUUUUUGAUGGUGUUAUAGAGGAGAAGAAGAGAGCAGAAUGGGUUAAACGGCGGUUACAGAACAACAAAGAAGUUUCCAAAAUUUUCUCCUUCGUUAAGUCUCAUAGGCAGCAGCCUGGUCGGAAUAUGUUCUUUAUUCCUUCUGGAAUAUCUACUUUUACAAGAUUUGCUUUAAUGUCUCUUGGUCAGGAAAUAAUUUGUUCACAAGUUGAAGGAGAUUAUGAAGUUGCUGCAUAUGCCCUGAAACAUAAUUGUCUUGGAAUUUUAGGGGAGGAUAGUGACUAUCUCAUCUUCAACACUGCCCCAUACUUUUCCAUUAACAAACUUUGCUUAGAUAAUCUGGUCACUCUAAUGUACUCAAGAGAAUCCUUUUGUGGAGAACUGGGCCUCGGUCUUUCAGACCUGCCUCUUCUUGCCUGUCUUCUUGGCAAUGACAUUGUUCCAGAGAAAAUAAUGGAAAGCUUUCAUAGAAAAUGCAUGGCAUCAUAUCCUUCACACGGUAACAAACAUAACAAGGCCAAUGUUAUUAGGGCUGUGGCUUCUUUUAUUUCCAGUAUACAACUUUUGCCACAUGGUCUUAAAGAGGUAGAGAAGAUGUUGUACCCUGGAUUUGAUAUGACAUUGCUGCAAAAGGGAAUAGAAUCCUAUGUACUGCCACAGCAAAGUUCUCCUUGGAUUUAUUCAAGAUCACAGCCCUUUGAGGGAACAACCUAUGUCUGCCAAGAUCAGGAGAUUGUCCAGAUUGCAUUAUGUCAGCACUACAAAGGAGAGAAUAGCAUGAUCUGCAAUGUUCUGUGUCUUGGAGUGAGUGAUUGUAGUAAUACUUUGGAGGAUGAAAAUGACCCACAGAUCCCAGGACAAGCUCUGGUCUUUAGAACUGCCCGUCAGCAUAUUUAUGCAAUUCUUCUUGGCACUGGCAAUGGUUCCCCUGGUACAUGUCCUAUAGUCCAUGAGUGGUAUGUAUACCCCGGAAAUCUGCUGCAACGGCCAGACCUUGUUCCAGCACUGCCACUUUCCAUACCAGGUGGAACACCAACUGCCAGGAGGCUCUGGCUCUCUGAAGAGCCUGAUAUUCAAAGACAACGCUUUUACACAUGCCUGGCUUGUUUCAAUGUAGAAAGAUGGACAGAGGAAUUCAGCAGCCUUAGUAGCUCUCUUGCUGUUACAUGCUGCCUACUUGUAUAUAUCGCAGUGCAGGUGGACAGUUUGAGCCUAACCGAUGUAGAAGCAUUCCUAGCCCAAGCCUUGGUCCUUCCAGGGAUAUCUGCAUCCCAGCUAAAAAGCCUGCAGCUUCCUUAUGUGGAUUCCAGAGCAGUUCACCUUGCUUUUCUCUAUCUCCGAGGGCUGGUUACCCUGAUGGGGGCCAAUUGUGCCUGCAGUUAUCCGUUUAAAAUGGUCGAUUUGAUGCCAUGGAACACAUUUGAUGGGAAACUCUUUCAUCAGAAGUACCUGCAGUGUCAUAGACAGAGACCUUUGGAGGAGAUCUUAACAAAAACAGAGAGCAUUGCUCAGUUCAUGAAACUGCGGACUAUGAUCACUGAUGCUUGUGCAGCACAGAAUAGGAUCUUGCAACCUGGCCUGAAGAGCACAAGUGGUCCUUUACCUGGCAAGUCAGGUGAGCAGUCUCAUUAUGGUCCGCAAAGUGAACAUGAAAGUGAAAGAAAUGAGUGGCAAUCUGUUCGUAAGAAGCAACCAAAAGACCAAGCAAUGUCUGGUAGUUUCUACAAUAGAUACAGGCAAUGUAAUCCUCCACAUGAACACAGGGGCAAAAUAAAUGAUUGGAGUAAUAUCUCAAGGCAUCAAGCAGGACAUCAAGAGCAAUGGUCACAGCUUGAUCCUUUGUAUGAAUAUGAAGGUAGAGGAAAUUUGCCCGAGAGUUAUGAAUAUGGCAGAUAUAAUCCAGCAGGGCAAAGAUCGUGGCACAGAGGCCAGAGAAGAAGAGGGCAUCAGUUUUCUAAUCAAUGAUGAAUGAACAUAAAAUUAUAUACAAAAUCAAGAUUCGUCAGACCAGACAACCUUUAUUCCAAUUUUCAGCUGUCCAGUUUUGGUGAGCCUCAAUUUUCUGAACUUCAUAGCUGGCAUGAGUGGAACCCAGUGGAGUCUUCUUGUAGCUCAUCCUCUUCAAGAUUUACAUGUUGUGCAUUCAGUGAUUCUCUUCUGCAUACCAAUUGUUGCGGCACCUGGCUAUUUGAAUUACUGUCACAUUACUGUCAGUUUGACUCAGUUUGGCCAUUCUUUGAACUCUCUCAUCAACAUGCAUUUUUUUAUGUAUAGCACUGUAGCUCCCUUGAUGCUUUAUGUUUUGCAACCCAUUUUCUGUAAUUGUAGAGACGUGUCUGCAUGCUUUUAUGCAUUAUGUUGUUGUGGCUGAUUAAAUAUUUUAAUUAAG